AUUUUUGCCAUUUACUGAGCCCGCCCUGUUUCACCGAGGAAGAUAAAUACAGUCUGGAAGCUCUCUGUACAAUUCAUAAACAGAUGGAUGAUGACAAAGAUGGUGGCAUUGAAGUAGAGGAAAGCGAUGAGUUUAUCAGAGAAGAUAUGAAAUAUAAAGAUGCGUCUAAUAAACACAGCCACUUGCACAGAGAAGACAAGCACAUCACCAUUGAGGAUUUGUGGAAACGGUGGAAAACAUCAGAGGUUCACAACUGGACGCAAGAAGAGACGCUUCAGUGGUUGGUGGAGUUCGUCGAACUUCCUCAGUAUGAGAAGAAUUUCCGAGAAAAUAAUGUCAAAGGAACAACGUUGCCAAGGAUAGCAGUUAAUGAACUUGCAUUUAUGAUCUCUCAGUUGAAAAUUAUCGAUCGGAGCCACAGGCAGAAACUUCAGCUGAAGGCCUUGGAUGUCGUUUUAUUUGGACCUCUUACACCAAGUCCAAUAGCACCCUGUGAGUUUAUUGUGGGAUUCUUUCAAUUUCAGAAGUGCGUGGCAGACCGUAGCCUACAGAAUGCAACCCUCGAGCUACCUCCAACGACCAAACGAAUAACACAGAACAGGACUUCAAAAGAACACGUUACCAAAAUGAUGAAAGACUUGGAAAGCCUCCAGACCGCGGAACAGAGUCUUUGUGAAUUGCAAGAAAGGCUUGAAAAAGCACAGGAAGAGAAUCGAAACGUCGCUGUAGAAAAACAGAACUUAGAACGCAAGAUGAUGGAUGAAAUCAGCGAUGCAAAACGAGAAGCCUGCCGACUCAAAGAAUUGAGGGAAGGAGCCGAGUGCGAACUCAGCAGACUUAAAUACGCAGAAGAGGAGCUGGUGCAGGUCCGUAUGGCUUUAAAAAAAGCUGAGAAGGAGUUCGAACUGCGAAGCAAUUGGUCUGUUCCAGACGCGCUGCAGAAAUGGCUGCAGCUCACACACGAAGUGGAAGUCCAGUACUACAAUAUUAAGAGACAAAAUGCAGAAAUGCAGCUAGCCAUCGCCAAGGAAGAGGCAGAAAAAAUUAAAAAGAAGAGAAAUACUGUAUUUGGAACGUUACAUGUUGCACACAGUUCUUCACUCGAUGAAGUGGACCACAAGAUUCUGGAAGCAAAGAAAGCACUUUCUGAAUUAACCACCUGCUUGAGAGAGAGACUCUACCGAUGGCAGCAGAUUGAGAAGAUCUGUGGCUUCCAAAUAGCCUACAACUCAGGACUGCCCAGUCUGACCUCCUCCCUCUACUCUGAUCACAGUUGGGUAGUCAUGCCACGAGUUUCCAUUCCGCCCUACCCAAUCGCGGGGGGAGUCGACGACCUCGAUGAAGAUACCCCUCCCAUUGUUUCCCAGUUUCAUGGGUCUGUUGUGAAAACCACCACCUUAGCGAGGAGUAGCAGCGUGUACCGCUCCAGGCGAAAUGUUGUGCCGUCAUCGCCUCAGUUGCAACACACAGCACAAACACAACCCACUGCGCACACCCCAGCCACCCUGCAAUCUGCAGACCCAGACCUCCUUUCGGUGUCCAGUUGUCCUGCUGCUUACCGUACGGAAGAGGAGGAGGAGGCUAUUUACUUCACUGCUGACAAGCAAUGGGAAGCUCAGGAUGCGGGUUCCGAAUGCGACUCCUUCAAUUCUUCCACUGGAAGGAAGCAGUCUCCCCCUUCAAGCCUUGACAUCUAUCAACCCCUGUCACCUCAAAAGACGUCCCAAGAGGAUGUCUCCUUAGAACAGUCCUCUACCGGAGACUCUUCCUCUCUCACCGCCGAUAUUUCAAGGGGUUCGCCGGACUGCGUGGGGCUGACAGAAACUAAAAGUAUGAUCUUCAGUCCCGCGAGCAAGGUGUACAACGGCAUUCUGGAGAAGUCCUGCAGCAUGAACCAGCUCUCCAGCACCGCUCCUAUCCCUAAGCCUCGGCACACCUCAUGUUCUUCCACCAGCAGUGAAAGCCGAGCCGGGCACGAACCUUCUCCCGUCUCCCAGAUCAGUAGCGUUUCACACGACCUGUAUCAGAACGGAGAGCGAAACAAAAAACCGUCGAAAAUCAAGAGCCUUUUCAAGAAGAAGUCCAAGUAAGACUGCUGGAAGAGAGAUUUUUUUUUUCAACUACGGCAUUCUUUUGACUUUCUGGUCAUUAUUACUGUUGUUAUUAUUAUUAUUUAAAUUAAGAAUGUAGUUGUCCGACUUUCCUAGGCUUGGGCGACACAGCAAGAAAAUCUCUUAGGUCAAGUCUUUUUUUUUCUUUUUUUUUUCUUUCUCCUGUUUUAAAGUCACCUUGCAUCAGCUGUCAAUGAGAAAUUUUCAAUUUCAAGACAGUUUUACAGUCGGUUUGUCUAUUUAUUUCAGCUUUUUUUUUUUUUUUAGUUUAUAUAUAAAACGUUUUUAAAAUUUGAAAAAAAUAAAUAAAUAUAUAAAUCAGCAACACUUUUAACACAAGCUUUAACGGACUUGUAAAGCCUGCACGGGCCUUGUCAAUUUUUCUUUCUUUGUUUACCAGAGCAUCUUCUUAAUCUUUCCAUAGAAGCUACGGCAUUGUGUACUGGACACGGGGCAACUUUUGAAUGAAGUACAACUACUUAAAUUGCACUACUGUUCUCCUGACUGGAAAGUUAUCUUUGCAAGCGAAACGGUUUUAAACUCGUCAAAAUAAAAGAAAGAGAUGGGGUUGGUUCAACUGUUGGUGUUUUUUUUUUUUAAGGUGGUUUCUAUGUAGAAGCUAGCAUUUCUAACCGUUGAUUUUUGGAACUGGAACCUCAUUUUAAAAUGCAUUUAUUAACCUAACGGAUUGGCUCCUGUUGUAAAGAUAAUCCAGAGACUUCACUAUGAUCUUAUGGCAUUACACAGGCUGUCUGGGUAGAAAUGUAUGUCGAGAGAAGGGGCUUCUGAUUCCAUACCCAAGCGGUAAAAUGUCGGUCCUUUUACGAGGAUGGACUUUCUCAGAUAUUCACAAACUUUAAACCUGGGUGAGGGCGAAACGUGGGCACUUGUUUACAAACUUUGACGGUGAGAAGAUGGUUGAUUUGUGAAUAUUUGUACUGUGGCAAAGAUAAUAAAUUGAAAAUCCUAUUGUGCCAUG